UUUGUAGAAUCACAACUUAUAGAUUAAUGGUUAAAAGUCUCCGAUGAAAAGAAAAAGACACGCUCAAAAUCGUUAAAAAAACAAUUAUGAGAUUAUGUUUUAAAUAUUUUUAUUAUCUUAAAUAUAAUAAGUUAGAUGGUUAAGUGUCGAGGUUCCAUCACCUGACAGUUACACUUACAAACUGCCUUUACAUGUGGUACUUAAUAAACAAAUGAAUAAGGAUGCACCAGUGUUACAUAUAUGUUUAUAGAAAUGGAGGAGUUCGACCCUGGUGCUGCAAAGCAUGGUAAUUUUAUCACUUACUACAAAUUCCAUAGUCUAAAAGAAAGAGUGGACUUGUUACCGAUACAUUUAUUACUCAGUGAUAGCAGAGAUGUCACUUCUUUUCUUGAUAUUGGAUGUAACACUGGGGAUUUAACUGAAGCAGUUUAUAAGGAGAUAUCUUUAUAUAAAAACUGUUAUGCGCUUGCUUUGGAUUUAGACAACUCUUUGAUUGAAAGAGCGAUUGAAAAGAAUCACAUCUGUAACAUCAGCUAUAAAUGUGUCAACGUUGCUGAAGAAAGUGAAUUAAUUAAUGCACUCAAUGACCACCUUGAAUUAAAUAAUAAACGGUAUUUUGACAUUGUAUUUUUAUUUUCUGUUACAAUGUGGAUACAUCUCAACUAUGGUGAUAUUGGCUUAAUGGCGUUUUUUCAAACCAUCAGUAAAUAUGCAAAAGUGCUCGUUGUAGAACCUCAGCCCUGGAAAUGCUACAAAUCUGCUGUCAGGAGGUUAAAACGGGCUAAAAAGGAACCGUUCAUGUAUUUUAAUUCUAUCAAAAUGAGAGAAUCGGUUGAAGAAGAUUUAGACUUAUUCCUGAGAGAGGCGUGUUCAUUUGAAAAAAUUUAUGAAUCUCCAAGAACAAAUUGGGGUCGGAAAAUAUCCAUUUAUAAACAGAGUAGGUUACUGUGAAAAAAUGAGUAUGUAUGUGUGUGACAAAAACAAUCUUUUAUACCAUUAUAAAGUGAAUAGCAUACAGAAACCACAAUGUGAUAACUAUUUGAAAAAAAAAAAAAGUUUGUAUAUAUCGGCCCUUUUUCAGGAUUGGGUCAAAUAAAAAUCGUAAAGAUUUUUUCGUUUUAACAACUCUCUUUAUUUCCGGUACAUAAGCAUUUACACCUCUCUAAAAGUGGCCAACGGAUUUAAGAAAAUAA